CCUCACAGACAUUUUGACGGACACAGCCAGGAACAGACAGACAGGAUGCAUAUGGACCUGGUGUGGCUGGCCGUGGUGUCUCUCUCCCUACCCCUGAUCUCAGAAUGCACUCCACUCUACAUCAUGUCGGCCCCUAACCUCCUGAGGGUGGGUACGCCAGAGAACGUGUUUGUGGAGGCACAGGACUAUACCGGUGGGGGAAACAUUAAUGUGAAAAUUAUGGUGAAAGACCAUCCACGAAAGACCAGAACAAUAACGACCAAAGAUGUUGUUCUGACUGCGGCCGACAACUAUCAACUUCUAACAAGCAUAGAGAUUCCGAACUCAAAAGAUUUCUUUAGUGAGGAUCCCCUGGAGAAGCAGUAUGUUUACCUGCAGGCCCAGUUCCCUGGCAGUUUGCUGGAGAAAGUGGUACUGGUCUCCUUCCAGUCUGGCUAUAUAUUCGUUCAGACUGACAAGACCAUUUAUACCCCAGAUAACACAGUUCACUACAGGCUCUUCUGUGUAACUCCUGGAUUACAACCUGUGACAAGUGGAAUCUCCGUGGAAAUUAUGACCCCAGACAAUAUCAUCAUUCAUAAAGAGACUGUCUUUCCAGAGCUAGGGGUUAAGUCUGGAAAGUACCAGUUACCUGAAAUCACUAGCUCAGGGACCUGGAAAGUGGUAACAAGUUUCAUAAGUUCCCCACAGAAGAAUUUUACUGCUGACUUUGAAGUUAAAGAAUAUGUGUUGCCCAGUUUUGAGAUUAUUUUGAAACCAAGCCAGGCUUUCUUCUAUGUGGACGACAAAGAGCUCAAGGUUGAAAUACAAGCAAGGUAUUUGUUUGGAAAGGAGGUGACAGGAGUAGGUUUUGUGUUGUUUGGAGUGAUGACAGAGGAAAAGAGAACUAUUCCUGGAUCUCUACAGAGAGUAGAGAUCAGAAAUGGCUUAGGUGAGGCAGUACUGAAGAAAAGUGAUAUCGAGCAGACCUUCCCUAGCAUUGCUGAGCUUGUUGGGCGGUCCAUAUACAUAACUGUCAGUGUAUUAACAGAAACUGGCAGUGAAAUGGUAGAGGCACAAAAGGGUGGCAUUCAGAUUGUGACAUCACCAUACACCAUUCAGUUCAAGGGAACUCCCAAAUACUUCAAACCUGGAAUGCCGUUUGAUGUCUCGGUCUAUGUAACCAAUCCUGACCAAUCACCAGCAAGAGACAUUGAAGUGGUGGCUCAGCCUGGUGGAGUCAGUGCUAGAACCAAACCAAAUGGGAUGGCAAAGCUCACGGUCAACUCUGAGGGAGGAUCCUCCAAACUGGACAUCUCUGUCAAGACUAACGAUCCACGGCUUACGGAUGCUAGACAGGCAAAGAACCACAUGUCUGCCUUAGCUUACACAACCAAAGGCGGCUCCCAAAAUUACCUGCACAUUGGGGUAGAUGCCACAGAACUCCAAAUCGGAGAUCAACUCAAGGUCAACCUCAACCUGGGCAAAAGUCCUGGAGUGCAGGAGCAAGAUUUCACCUAUAUGAUUCUUAGUAAAGGGCAGAUUGUGAAAGUUGACAGAUUUAAGAGGAAGGGCCAGGCUCUGGUGACUUUAUCUUUAACAGUGACAAAGGACAUGGUUCCUGCUUUCCGUCUGGUGGCGUAUUACCAUGUAGGUACUUCGGAGGUUGUGUCUGACUCAGUCUGGGUUGAUGUGAAGGACACCUGCAUGGGAACGCUGAAAGUGCAAGCCGUUCGUCCCAGGGACACAUACAGUCCUGGUAAACCUUUCAGUCUAGAGAUCACUGGAGACCCUGGGGCUAAGGUUGGGCUGGUGGCUGUGGAUAAAGGAGUAUAUGUGCUCAACAACAAGAACAGACUCACCCAAACCAAGAUCUGGGACAUCAUUGAGAAACAUGACACUGGUUGUACGGCUGGUAGUGGUAAAGACAGUAUGGGAGUUUUCUAUGAUGCAGGACUGCUGUUUGAGUCCAGCACUGCAGGAGGCACUGACUCCAGAACAGUAACAACAUGCCCCACACCGGCAAAGAGAAGACGACGCGCUGAGACUAUUCUGGAAGUCACCAAAAAGCUGACGGAUAAAUACUCAGGUGUAUCGAAGCAGUGUUGCCUGGAUGGAAUGAGAGAGAAUAAACUGGGCUACACAUGUGAGAGGAGGUCAGAGUUCAUCAUUGAUGGGGACGAGUGUGUGAAGGCUUUCAUUCACUGCUGCAAGGAAAUGUCCACUCGCAAACAAGAGGCCAAGGAUGAACAGAUGCUUCUCGCUCGCAGUGAGGAAGAUAAUGAAUUCUUUAUAGAUUCUGAUGACAUCACAUCACGUACUCAGUUCCCAGAAAGUUGGCUUUGGGAAGAUGAACUGCUUCCUCAGUGUCCUGACAACAGGCCAUGCCCCACAACAUCCAUUACCAAGAGCAGCUUCCUGAAAGAUUCCAUCACCACCUGGGAAAUCACAGCUAUCAGCCUGUCUCCCUCUCUUGGUAUCUGUGUGGCAGACACCUAUGAGAUGGUUGUUGUGAAAGAUUUCUUCAUUGAUCUGAAGUUGCCUUAUUCAGCUGUGCGCAAUGAACAACUAGAGAUCAAAGCCAUCCUGCAUAACUACAAUGACUAUGACCUAGAAAAGGUGCGAGUGGAGUUGAUGGAGACUGAAAAUGUGUGCAGUUCUGCCAGCAAGAGGGGCAGAUACCGCACCCAUGUAAGGGUGAAUAAAAUGUCUACCCUUGCUGUGCCUUUUGUCAUCAUCCCAAUGGAACUGGGUGAGCACUCUAUCGAAGUGAAAGCCUCUGACUCAGAAGGUAUAAGCACAGACGGCAUCAGGAAGGAACUGCGUGUGGUGCCUGAAGGUGUGUUAACCAAGCUUGAAGUAAAGAAUCUGGAACUGAACCCAGCUAAACAUCAAGGUAGUGAACAGGUUGAGCAUAUUCAGAGUAGUCCCCCAAAAGGACGGGUGCCUGACACCCCAGCUAGCACACAUAUAACUGUGACAGGUGAAGAGAUCAGCCAGACCCUUGAGCAGGCAAUCAGUGGAGACUUCAUGGGCUCCCUCAUCGUCCAGCCAGUGGGCUGUGGAGAACAAAAUAUGAUUUACAUGACCCUUCCCCUCAUCGCCACGCACUACCUGGACAACACCAAGCAGUGGGAACGUGUGGGACUGAACCGCAGAAACGAGGCCAUUAAACACAUCACCACAGGUUACCAACGUGAGCUUGCCUAUCGUAAAUCAGAUGGUUCUUAUGCUGCAUGGAUUGAAAGACCAAGCAGUACAUGGCUGACGGCGUAUGUGGCCAAAGUUUUCGCUAUGGCUAGCGACCUCAUUUCCGUUGAGGACAACGUGAUCUGCAGCGCACUCAAGUGGUUGAUUCUGAAUAAACAACUUCCUGAUGGCAUGUUUAAAGAAGAUGCUCCUGUAAUCCAUGGAGAAAUGGUGGGCAAUGUGCGAGGGAAAGAUGCUGAUGCGUCUCUGACAGCUUUUGUGCUCAUCGCUAUGCAGGAAGGCAGCAGGUUAUGUGUGAACAGCAUUGGUAGUCUUCCAAACUCUAUCAAGAAAUCUGUGGAGUAUUUAGAGCGUCGGCUGCCAUCUUUGACAAAUCCUUAUGCUGUUGCGAUGUCGUCUUACGCACUGGCCAACGCAGGAAAACUUGAUAAAGACACUCUAAUGAGGCACUCAACUCAAGGAAAAGAUGGCAUUUACUGGCAAGUCCCUGGUGGCCAUCAUUUCUCACUAGAGGCCACAGCCUAUGCCCUGUUGGCGCUGGUCAAAGCCAAAGACUUUGACAAAGCAGGAGAAAUAGUUCACUGGCUGAACAGACAGAAAACUCACUAUGGAGGAGGUGGCACCACACAGGCAACCAUUAUGGUGUUCCAGGCUGUGGCAGAAUACCGUGUACAAGGGAAGAAGCAGCAGGAUAUAAAUCUAGACGUGGAAGUUCAGAUUUCUGGCAGACAGAAACCCAUCAAAUGGUCCUUUAACAGUGGAAACUCCCACCUACUACGCUCAGACAAGCUCCAGAUUGACCAGAACCUCACUGUUGUUGCCAAAGGAACUGGUGCUGGAGCUGUUUCAGUGUUGACUCUGUACUACGCCAAACCUGUUACAAAGGAGAGUGACUGCAAACUUUUUGAUCUGGAAGUGACAAUGGACAAACAAGCUGAUGUGUCUUAUCCUGGAGCAAUAGAAACAUACCAGUUGAGCAUUGAAGUGUUCUAUAAGUCUGGGGACAGAGAUGCCACUAUGUCCAUUCUGGAUGUGGGUUUGCUGACAGGCUUUGUUGUGGACGAGCACGAUUUGAAUGAGCUAAUGACUGGACGAGACAGGUACAUCCAGAAGUUUGAGAUGGAUAAACAGCUGUCAGAAAGAGGCUCUCUCAUCAUCUACCUGGAUAAGGUCUCUCAUAAGCACAGAGACAAAAUUGUUUUCAGAGUUCACAAAGUAAUAGAAGUGGGUCUUCUUCAACCUGCUGGAAUCACUGUGUACGAAUACUAUUCUCCAGACCAACGCUGUGUGAAGUUCUACCAUCCCAACAAGAAAGAGGGGCACCUUAACAGAAUAUGCCAUAAAGAACUGUGCCUAUGUGCAGAAGAAAACUGCAGUCGACAGAAGAAGGACAAAGUAUCAGAGAAGGAACGUGAGGACAAAGCCUGUGAGCCUGGCAUGGAUUAUGUUUACAAAGUUACUGUGGAAAGCAGCGAGUUGACUGAACACACAGAUAUUUACAACAUGAAGAUUGACCAAGUUAUUAAAGAAGGUACUGAUGCUGGAGUGGAGGGGAAAGAACGCAUCUUCAUGGCUCAUCCACACUGUAGAGAUGCCCUGGAUUUACUGCAAGGAAAGACUUACUUAAUUAUGGGACGAUCCACAGACUUACCAAGGAUUGAUGGAAAAUUGCAGUAUUUACUGGGUGAGAAGACAUGGAUUGAGUACUGGCCCACGAGAGAAGAAAGCCAAACUCCACAGUACAGAGAAAGAUUCGCAGGCAUCAGAGGACUGGUCCACAUGUUCAUGAACCGCGGAUGCAGCACAUAAGACAUCUCAUAAUUUUUCUUUAUUAUUUCAGUUUUCACACUACUUUUUAUUUACCCAAGCUGAACACAAUCAAUAUUUUUGAUGAGAACUGUUACCAAACUUGGAACCAUGUCUAACUAGUCACUAUUAUGUAGUGUGUCAUCUUCAGAUGGGAAUGAUAUUUAUCAAAGACCUGACAAAGUGUAUGACAGACACCUCAAAUAAUCUGCACAUGGAUCAUGAAAGUCAAGCACAAGUUAAAAAUAAAGUCACUAAAUCAUGAAGAAAAAA